AUUUGCUAAAUUAAAAAAGAAAAAACCAAAAAUAAAAAAUAUAAUAAUGAAUUAUGAAUGUGGCACACAGUAUCAAUCAACUCCAUCUCUUUAUCAACGUCCCAAUGGUUAUAUAAAUAACAGUACUAUUCCAAGCUUUGCGUAUCCCAUGCAAAAUACUUCCGUUCAGACAAGUACAUCACCAGGACCAAUACAGACAACUACAUAUUGUCCAUCACCAAGUGGAUUGUUCAUGCCCAAUCAAAUUCAAUCGCCAGUUACAACAACAGCAACGCAUUUGCCCCCAAAUCAACAAAAUAAUGUACAAUAUGUCCUAUGUUUAGAUCAAAUAGUUUUUCUUCCAGACAGAUUUGAGUUGUACAUAGAUGCACGAGGAAUUUUACCAACUGACGUGAAAAUAAAUAUAACACGUGAACGAGUUGAAGUAUUGGUUGAUAAACUAUUACCGAACGAUUCCAUAAAUCAGUUUACACAGAAACGUUUAUUAUUAAGUCGUGUUUAUGUUUUACCCCAACCUGUUGUGCCAGAAAUGGGUAUGUGUUCAUUUCGGAAUGAUUGUUUAGUAAUUGCAGCACCGUGGACAAGAUAA